AUGUCAUUAUGUCGUGGUCGUCCUCACAUCUAUGCCAACCAGGGGGCUCAGCAGGAGGCUCGACGUAAGCGCAGACGCACUCAGUAUCAGCUCAAACGGGAUCUCCAGGAAGGUCAGAUCCUGCAGCGAUAUUAUCAUCAGUUCAUUGACCAGAAUCCUUGGGAACAGCCUUUGGAUGUGUCCCCACCAUUGCUCCAGCAGAGGACCGAUGUCUCUGUGGUUCAAAAGCAGGCUCUCCCCAUGCAGAAUGAACCUGGGAACAAUGAACCUGGAAACUCUUCAUCUUUCUCACCCUCAUCACCUGGUGGCCUCCACCCGCCCCCUCAGUCUCCCACACCAGCAUCCACGGUGAGCCAUUACGCCCUUGCAGAUGAUAACAGGUGGUUCGAUAUGGAUGGUCCAUCUGCAGAUGUGGAUUCAUUUGAUGAUGUGGAAGAUAGAAGCCAAUCCAGCUACAGGAUGACCCCAGAGGCCAUCCAUCAUGUAGAGCACAGGAGAUCAAGCACAGCUCCUCUCUCACCAACUGCUGAGGCCUUAUCACCCCUCUCAUCACCACCCUCUGCGGCGGCACCACCACCCCAGGCUCCAGUGUCCAUUCUUGCCCAAGGGCUUGCCGAGCAGCUGCAGCAGCACCAUGGCUGUCUGGGGGACAGCCACUGGGAGUAUCCCUUCGACAUGCGGCCUGUUGACCAUCCAUCCCCGCCUGGGACCCCCUUCCCCUCCAAGGCGACACCAUCCCGGCCCAUCCACUCUGUGCGCCUGAGUGAGAUCAUCCAGUGGGCCUGCCCGGAUAUCCUGUCGCGGCCACAGAUAGCUCAAUUUGGGGAGCCCUGGGAUGAACAGCUCCCCCCACUGCAGAGGCAGAAGAUCUUCAGUGGGCUGGAUGUCAGGGAUGACUCCACCCCUCCAGAACCACCCACCGUGGACAUCGCCUCGGAGGACGUCCCCGACGGGCCACUGAUGCCAUCCAUGGAUAUCGACAGCGUGGGGGGGUUCGCCUCCAGCCUCGCUGUGGCCCGGGCGGGCAUUCACUGGCUGGCAGCUAGGCCCCCUGUGUCCUCCCUCCCUGCAGGGCUGCAUCUCUCCCCAAUCCCCGUGACAUGGGAGCCCUCGUCAGAGGCCUCAUGCCCCCGGCGCAGCCAGAGACCGAUCCACCAGAUCCCACAUCUUCCCCGGGGCCGGCUGGGUAGGGCCGGCUGGGCAACGGAGCGGUGCAAAGCGGUGCAAGAUCAACAAAUGGAAGCAAAGAUCACAUUGAAGAAACUAAAGCAUGCGGUGGUUCAGCAGAUAAAGGAGAACAUUGAACAGUGCCAGCGGGAUCCCCAGUGCCAGUAUGUGGCAGGGAACAUGAACACCAUGCGCAAGCACUGGCAGAACAAGCACAGCUGGUCGCCAUAUCCCAGCCGUGGCCGUACAGCGCCACAAAAGCGUACGGCAGCACAGGAUGAGGUGGACAGAUCAUGCCAGAAGGUGCAGUUCCAGCAGAUAUUUGCAUCGCGCAAGGGCUCCCACUACAUACAGAUCCAGACUAAGGAGACUACUGAGCAUACCGGCACGCAAGACCAGAACAGAGCCAGCCAGGCCAUUGAUGAGCUGGAGCGGUUUUACCAGGAACAGCAACGGCAGACCAGCAAUGUCAUCCAGGCCGGGGAGCACGAUGAAGCCAACCCAUGGCUGCGGCGGACCAGAUGGCCGGUGUACUUGACCAACAUCGCACCCAAUGAUCUGGUCAACUGCGUCCAGCGGCCCGAGGAUGACACCACGUGCCCAGAUGAACUGGCCGCGAGGGCCAUCUGGGAGGCCAUGGGUCAGGUUGCCCGUACCAGCCAGCGAGUCAUCACACGGCUGGGCCACUUCGUCCGCAUCGAGGCCAUCCGCACAGAGCGACACCAGACCCGGCACACCCCGUUGCAGGCGUACAUGGACGAGGAGAGCAUCGCCGAGCACGUGAGGCCAUGGCAGCAGAUGUUGAUGUUUUUCGCCCGAACGCAGGUCGAGCAUGAAUGGACGAGCCCACAGUACCGGUUCACACCACGGCAGCGCAAGACAUGGAGGGUAUUAUGGCAGGUAGCCACCACAGAGGGAGCCGACCAGCGACACCCCAUCAGCCCAGACCCCAUGGAUGAGCAGAUGACUGAGGAAGAAGAAGAGGAGGAGGAGAAGGGACAGAGAGAUACCCAGCCAGAAGAAGAAGAUAAGUUCAAAUUAACCAAGAUGCAGAUGGCAUGUUUGGAUUUUUGCAUUGAGCUGCUGAACCAGCGGGUUCAGGUGGAGGAUUAUGAGUGCGCGCUGGUAGACGCGUUGGCGGUGCUGGGACGGGGGGAGUAUGGAUGGCGCGACGCCGAGAGCUACCCACCAAUGUUGUCACGGAUCAUCAAGGUGGCACGGUUCAUGGUGGUGCACAAGGCGGUGCGACUGGACGCCAAUGCAUCCGACAUGCUGGCCAGGAACCAAGCAAGCCAGAUGGUGGGAGAGUGGGCCGUGGUGAGCCCCAUGAAGGAGGCGGAUUACACGUUCACAGGCAAUCAGAAUGAAGGGUAA